AGUCAAAGCAAAUAAAUUACCAAACAAACGACAAGUUGAGAGCUUGGCGUGUUUAUUUCAAUUUUAUUUUAAAUGUUGAUGUGUUUUCUGUAACAAUGGAUAAAAAUAAGAGACGUUAUUCGUCAAGUUCAGACAGUGCUGAAGAACAUCGUUUAAAAGACAUAAAAGAACGUGAUGAGUUUGCAAAGAGGCUAAAGAAACGUGAUGAAGAAAAAGUAAAGAAAGUCACUGAAUCUUCCAGCAAGAGGUCAUAUGAAGAAGCAGCCAAGCGACUUAAGUUAGAAGCUGAAGACAGAGAAAAGAUAUUGCCCAAGUUACGCAUUCAUUCUCGUCGGAAAUAUUUGGAAAAAAGGAAAGAUGACAAAGUAAUUGAGUUGGAAGCAGACAUCGCUGACGAUGAGUAUCUUUUUGAUGAAAGCAGCUUAACCCAACGGGAGAGAUUGGAGAGGGAACACAAGAAAACCAUCUUAAAAUUAGCUAAAGAGCAUGAGAAAGCCAGGGAGUUGGAAAAUGUUCAGAGGUAUCACAUGCCACAAGAUUUGGGAAAAGAUGCAAAAGGUGAAUAUGUUGAGGUGGAUGAAAGAGAAAAAGUGCCACAUUCUGAACAACAGAAAUGGGAACAAGAACAAAUUAAAUCAGCCUUCUUUAAAUUUGGUGCCAAAGAUGCUAAAGCACAGGAUGAAUAUGAGUUGUUACUGGAUGAACAGAUUGACUUUAUUCAAGCUCUUCAAUUGGAAGGCAACAAAGAAAAGAAAGAAACUGAAGAAAAAUCUGAAUAUCAGAAAAUUAGAAUGACUAUUGAGGAAACUAAAAAGUCUCUGCCAGUUUACCCCUUCAGGGAUUCAUUAAUUGAAGCCAUUAAAACUUACCAAAUACUGAUAGUAGAAGGUGAGACGGGAUCUGGAAAAACUACUCAAAUACCUCAGUACCUUCAUGAAGCAGGGUUCACUAAAGAUGGUAAGAAAAUUGGUUGUACCCAACCAAGAAGAGUAGCAGCUAUGUCUGUAUCAGCCAGAGUGGCUCAGGAAAUGAAUGUCAAACUUGGAAAUGAAGUUGGGUACAGCAUCAGAUUCGAAGACUGCACAUCUGACAGAACUGUUAUCAAAUAUAUGACUGAUGGCACUCUACAUAGGGAGUUCCUCUCUGAACCAGACUUGGCCUCUUACAGUGUAAUGAUCAUUGAUGAAGCUCAUGAACGGACAUUGCAUACUGAUAUAUUAUUUGGACUUGUGAAAGAUAUUACCAGGUUUAGACCAGAUUUAAAAUUACUUAUCUCAAGUGCCACUUUAGAUGCUGAAAAAUUCUCAAGUUUCUUUGAUGAUGCUCCUAUCUUCAGAAUACCUGGAAGAAGAUUUCCAGUAGAUAUCUAUUACACAAAAGCUCCAGAAGCUGAUUAUGUGGAUGCCUGUGUUGUGUCUGUAUUACAGAUACAUGCCACACAGCCACUUGGGGACAUAUUAGUUUUCUUAACAGGUCAAGAAGAAAUUGAAACUUGUUUUGAAAUGUUACAAGAAAGAACAAAAAGAAUUGGCAAAAAAUUAAGGGAACUUAUUAUUCUACCAGUAUAUGCUAACUUGCCAAGUGAUAUGCAAGCUAAAAUAUUUGAACCUACUCCAGAGGGUGCUCGUAAAGUAGUGUUAGCGACCAAUAUUGCAGAAACUUCUUUGACUAUUGAUAAUAUUAUUUAUGUUAUAGACCCUGGUUUUGCCAAACAGAAUAAUUUUAACUCAAAAACAGGAAUGGAAAGUUUAAUGGUGGUGCCAAUUUCUAAAGCCUCUGCAAAUCAAAGAGCAGGCAGAGCUGGCAGAGUGGCACCAGGAAAAUGCUUCCGCUUAUACACAGCAUGGGCAUACAAAUAUGAACUUGAAGACAAUACUAUUCCAGAAAUACAGAGAAUUAAUCUUGGUAAUGCAGUUCUCACUCUUAAAGCUUUGGGAAUCAAUGAUCUGAUCCACUUUGAUUUCUUAGAUCCACCACCACAUGAAACUUUAGUUUUAGCCUUAGAACAGCUUUAUGCAUUAGGAGCCCUCAAUCAUCAUGGUGAAUUAACUAAAGCUGGAAGAAGAAUGGCUGAAUUCCCUACAGACCCUAUGCUGGCUAAAAUGUUACUGGCCAGUGAAAAGUAUAAAUGUUCAGAAGAGAUAGUGACUAUUGCUGCCAUGUUGUCAGUAAAUAGCUCAGUGUUCUACAGACCUAAAGACAAGAUUAUACAUGCAGAUACAGCAAGAAAGAAUUUCUUCCAUCCACAUGGGGAUCAUUUGACUCUUAUGAAUGUGUAUAACCAAUGGCUUGGUUCUGAAUACUCAGUGCAAUGGUGCUAUGAGAAUUUUAUUCAAUACAGGUCAAUGAAGCGAGCACGGGAUGUACGGGAACAAUUAGCUGGCCUUAUGGAACGGGUUGAAAUUGAUAUGGUGUCAAGUAUUAGUGACGACACUAACAUUCGUAAAGCAAUAACUGCUGGAUAUUUCUACCAUAUAGCUAAGUUUUCGAAAGGAGGCCAUUACAAAACAGUGAAGCAUAACCAAACUGUUAUGAUUCAUCCCAACAGUGCACUCUUUGAAGAAUUACCACGAUGGGUCAUAUACCAUGAAUUAGUAUUUACUUCCAAAGAGUUUAUGAGGCAGGUAACAGAAAUAGAAAGUAAAUGGCUGCUGGAAGUUGCUCCCCAUUAUUACAAAGCUAAGGAACUAGAAGACUCCACAAAUAAAAAGAUGCCUAAAACUGUUGGUAAAUCUUCAAAUACUUAAUCAAUAAACCAAAUGAAAUAUUUCAAAAUUUUUAUUUUAACAAAUUUCUACUACAAUUAAGUUAUCUAACCUGAUAUAACACACAAAGUAUAACUGAUUAAAACUAAUCUAUAAAUUUCCAAGAAAAAUAAUAAGCACCAACACAAAGUAGGUAAUAUCCUAAUAUUCUAGCUUCAAGUUUUAUUUUUAUUAAUAUUCAUGUAAACUAUGAUGGUAGAAUGGUUGGGAUGCCACCACUCAGAAUUUCUUACAUAAUAUUCACAGACUUGUAAUCUAUAUCAACUGUAGAUAACAUUAUAAAAGAAAUCUACAAUUGACAUCAAUACAUCACAGAUAUAUUAUUAGUUUAUCAGCCAUCUACUCUAAAUCAUAGCAAUCGUCAAAUAUUUUUUUUUUCAUUAUUAAUACAAUAGGUAGCAUAAUUGGGCUAGAAAUCUGUGCAUCUCCCCUUCCUUUCCCAAUCUCCAUAGCGAGUAGGUUCUGGUCCUCUAGGCCCACCUACUUCUCCAGUAUGAGGAUUGAUAUCAUUGGGCCAUGGAGGAAGUGGAUUUUCAUCUUUUUGAGAUGGAUGCAUUGUAGGUUGUUCUCCAAGAUCAUUAAUUGGAGUUGUUUCUCUUAACUUCUUUCGGAAUUCUUCCAACCUUUUAGAUUGGGGCCUUUUAGACUCAUCUCUGGCUUUUUCAGUUUGUUCUGCCGCCUCAGGUGUAGUGGUAUUAUGAGAAUAUUUACAAAUGGAAAAUCUAAGACUUGAUAUAUCUGUAAAAAGAAACAUCAAUCUAUAAAUUAAUGUAUUGU